AAUCAAUUGCCUAGCAACCCCAACCAGCCUGAUUUCGUUGAAGUCCUUCCAAGUCAAGUUAAAAUUUUCAGGUUUCAAAAAUAUCAAAGGGUCUGAAAUACUUAACUUUAAUAUUUGGCAUAAUAAAGUGAUGUAUUAUUAUUUAAUAUAUCUAUAUUGCUAGAUUAUUAUGUUGAGUUAAACCUAAUAAUAAUUAACUAAUAACUAUAAUUAGUUUAAUUAGUAUAAUUUUAUUAGUAAUUGUCUAAAUUGUUACUUAAUUUUUUUUCAACAUAAUUUUCUAAAUUUUCUUUAUUUACUUUUUAGUAAAUGGAAAUGGUUUACUUUUUAUUUAAAGUUAGUGAUCUACAUUUACUUGUCAUAAAGUACUUCAAGUUAGCAACGUAGGUUGCCUACUGCUGUUUUAGUCAGUCAAUAAUUUAGUUUAGUUUAGACAGUGAACAGGCAUGGCAUAUUCAUAUGCAUAUCAAAUUCAAAUAUCAUAUCAUCACUUUUAUUUAAUAAAUAAUAAAUAAUAAAUAUUAAGAUUUAUGAAUAUUAAUUGUAAAUAGUAUAGUAAUUACUCAGAUUCAAAAUUUAUGAUAAGUUUUUUACUUAAUUUGUAUAAAAACAACUAGGUCAAUAUACUAUAUUCUAUAUACUGAAACUUUAUUAUCCAUAAAAAAAUGGAAUAUUUAGCAUUAUUUCUAUCUAUGCGUUUAUGUCUUUCAAGAAAAAAAACCUAAGUGUAAAAUGGCAUCAGGGAUUAAUGAGCACCAUGAAGCACUGAGAAAGGAAAAUUUUAUCAAUAGGCAGGCAUAUAUUAAAAAGUUACUUAUGGUAAGUUUAAAGCUGUAACAUUAUCUGGUUUUUUCCAAUAUAGUUAAUAUUUUAUGUUUAGUUGCUUUUAGCUCACAGCACAACAUUAUUAAUUAAUUAUAAAUACAUGAGUCUAGCUAGGCUUGGGUUGCUGGAGACAUCAUUUACUUGAAAAAAAACAACCCAACAAAUUAUACAUUUCUACAAAUAACAUGCCUACAGGAAUUAGGAAAAAAUGAAAAGUAGGACGCUUAAAUUAGAUAAGUCAUAUGAUUAUUUUAUAAUAUAAUCAUUACUCUUACAAUAUUUUUUUAAUUUUAAAACUUUUAAGAAUCUUUGUAAAUAUUCUACCAAUCUGAAAAUGAAAGUUACAAAAUAUGAACAAGUGGUUCUGGAUAACAUUUGUCAUUUGGCAACUAAUGUUAUUCAUUAAUUUUCUCCAUUAAUCAGCAUUUUGUUUAGCGUUAAAAAAAUCUGUGACAGAGUAAAAUUUUUUAAAGCAUAAACUAGAUCAUCCAAAUUAUGGUACGACAUAAACAAAUAUACAAUAAUAAAAAAUAAUCAUCUUUUUAAUAAAUUAAGAUCAGCAGAUGCUUAUUUUUUUACCCAGGAAAGACUAAGAAAUAAUCAAGAGGAGAACAACUGCCAUCUGGAGAAGGGUUUGUACAGUAAAUCUGGAAGCAUACCAGAAAAUCAGAAUCCACUCUCUUAUACUGUGCAAAAUAGAAAAUAUGCCCCAGAUGCUGAUCAGUAAGUUAUUAAAAAAUACAUGAAACAGAAUUAAUUUUGAUAAAAUUCAGGAGGCAGUUUGAAUCUUAAGUUCCAAAUAAAAAAUAAAAAAUUGCAAUAUUAUUGAACUACCGGGUAGCAGUAUGCUAAAUAAUAUAAAGAUGUGUGUAGCCUACUGAUUUGGAUUUCUAUGGAUAGUAUAUUCAUAAUGAAACCUGCAUAAAAUUUAAUAUUAAAUCAUUUGUACCGCCAUCCUAUUGAUUUAUUUAUUUUUCGCUAUUGGUUUUCAUACAGUUCACAUAUUUGUUGUCCUGAUCAACAGGGGAGUUCAUAAAUCAUAAAGUUAUUGCAACUUUUUGCUUCCCUUUUAUUCACAGCUAAUGCUCCCAAUCAAUAAAUCCUUUUAUCAGCCUGGUUGACCUAAUCCUUUACAUCAUAUGUUCCUGUCCAACAAGAGCAUUUGACUUUGCUUGCUUUGAUUAGUUGUCAGAUUAAUUGCCCCUUUAUUUGAACUCUGAUUGAUCAGGAAAGAGCCUUUGUUACAUUGCCGCCACACUAAUGGCAGACUGAUACAUUUCUCUGUCACCAUCAGCCGCCAUUAUAUAGCCCAUUCAUCUGAUGUCAAUAGAUUGUGAUUAGUAGGGCUAGUGUUGAAUGGUUUUCUUCUGUUGAAGCAGAAAAAUUACUUUACCAGUCUGGAUGGGCUAAUGACAUAAUUGUAUUUUUGUGUAGCCAUGUCUUUCCUUUUGCAUGUAGGCCUAUUUGUAAAUGUUAUUUAUCCCUUUCUUUUGGUAUAAGGAUUGAAAGAACUUAUAAAGUAUAGAAUAUAUAUAUUCUUUUUUUUUUUUUUCAGAAAAUUAAUCAUUUAGGCAUAUAAUAAAUCCAUAGACUCUUUUUAACUGGUUUCAUUUGUUCAUAGGGAGAGGUACAAGGCCCUAAGAGAUCAGCAAUAUUUAAACUACACUGCAAAAAUUAAAGGCCGUCUUACUGUAAGUUAUUAAAUGGAGAAAAGUAUCUUUCUCAAAAUAUCUGUUGUGUGAUGUUAAAACAUCUUUAAAAUUCUGAGGUUGUUACAUUUUGAAUAUAAGACUAACCAACUCCAGUAUAAGCCACACUGCUUUAAGAUCUUUCUUUGAACAGGGGCAGGACUCUGAAUUUUAUGUCUUAAAUUAUUGGAGACAACAGAUUUAAAUCACAGAUUUUCAGAGUUGUGCAUUUCAACUAAAUUCUGUAACCAGAAAAUUUAUUUACAAAAAUAAAACUAAUCAUUAAAAAUGAUGACUUACAUUUUAAGAGAGAUUUUAGAUCACCUUCUAAGCUAAUUUUUAGCAUACUAAUUUGUUUAAAACUGUGCAAAGAAUAAUGAGAGAUUUUGAAAAUUAUGCCAUUUACAGUGUUUUUUUAAUUGUAUUAAAGUACCACACCUAUAUGGAAAUUUGAUUCUGACGUUAUUUAGAUUACAUAUAUUUAUUUAUAAAUGUUGACAUCAUUUAAAUUACUCUAUAUUAUGUAGGCUCCUAAUUUGCAUUCAUUAAUUUUCAAUUUUUAAAAAUCUAUUAUUUCAGUCAACUGACUAUUCUCAGCAGUGGUAAUACUUGAAAGAACCUGAGCCAGCUUUAAAUUCCAUAUUCAGCUGAUCCUCAUAUUGUUUAAAUAUGUGAUACCCAUUAGAAAUUUCUGUCACUUUCUGUUAAAUUUUGCACUGUUUCAUCAUAAAUACUUUGAUGACAAGCAUUUGAGAUUAACAAGUAAAUGACCCCUGUCCCAGUCAUUGGUCCCCAUUGCAUGAUGUGAUCCUUUACCCAUGCUGUGAUCCUUGCGACUGAAUUAUUUUUGCUGGAAAUGGUGCUAAAGCCUGUUUAGUAUUAUACCUAAAUAUUAAUUAAAAUUGGACUGCUAUCAAUUAUAGUGUAAUGAUCAUUACAUCAAACGGAAGUUUUUUUUAAAACAAUCAUUGGCUGUAUUUGUGUCUUUGAGGAGGAAAAAACAAACAUGUUUGAGAACAUAAAUUUUGAUAAAUUGAAUUUAAGAUAUUAUUAUUUAAAUGCUACUAAAUUAAACUAAAACUAUUUAAUAGUUGGCAAGGCUUGUUUAAAGGCUGCUUCUUUAUUUAUUCUGCACAAUCAAUCCUCUCACUUUACGAAUGUGUUGGUGGUAUUUAAAUGUAUAUAGCAUUUUAUAGAAUUUUUUUAUAAUAAAAUAACUUACAUUUUUGACAGCAUCCUUGUUUUUGUAACCUAUCUUAGAUAAAUUUGAUUUUUAUACCUGCUUGCAUCCCUUUUUAGGAUGUUUGUGGUUUACAUUACAUAUAAUCCAACGAAGUAAAAUAAUCCUGUUUUCAUGUAGGUUUACUUUAUUUAGUCUUUACAUGUUUUUGCAACAAAAUAAUAAAACUUUCUGGUUCUAAUGUUUAAAAUACGUUCCUCUGGUUAGAUAUUAAUUUAGACAUGUGUUUAGUUGAUUAGAUUAAUUAGUUUAUUAAUGUAUUUUAUCGCUUUUGUGGAUUCAUUUAUUUUACAUUCACCCUAUUAUGUGUGCCUUGUCAGGAAAUGCUAUUUUGGCAAAAAUGUAAUUAAACAUCUGCAAUUUAUAUUGUUCAAUAGAUAAUAGACUAGUUCACCAUGUAUUUUAAUAUCAAAUUAAUAUGUAAAUAUAUAGAUAAAAAGUAUAUAUAACCUUUGAUAUAUAAUGUUUAGAAAAAUUAUAAAGUGGAUCAUACAGCCAGAGCUUGGCCUGAAUACAUUGUGAAAAUUGCUGGUGGAUUUGAAAACUUGAACAAAAUUGACAAUCAAUGUCAGAUGGCAAACAAUUAUUCAGCAUUGUCACUUAAAGUGUUCUAUGUAUUGUGGAAUAUUUUUUCACAUGCUUAUCCGGUUAUUGAAUAGGUGAAUGAGAGUAAUUUCCUGGAUCAUUCAAGGACACACAUAAUUUUUGUGGAAUUCUAAAAAAUUCCAAUCAAGCUGAUGUGAAUUUUCUAUGACUUUAACAGCACACUUUACAAGUUUUGCACUAAAUCCAAAUUCUUAUAUAUUUCACACUUUUAAAUAGUUAAAAUGUUAUUUUUUGCACAUUAUUUUAAGAAUGUGCUUUUGGUGGUGCCUUUUAAAAAAUAUUUAUAUAUGUAGCAUUUCACAAUUUCAGUUAAAACUGUAAAAACUUUUUUUUUUAAAAAGUAUCCAUGUUGCAUCCUUAAUUAAAUCCUUAGUUUGAUUAACAAACUUCUUAAGCAACAGAUUUAAGGAAUUAAAUUCUUAAAUAAAUUAUUUAUAAGUGGGAGAAAAUAAGUUUUAGUUGAAUGUCAUUUAUAUUAUGCUAGAAAUACUCCUGCCUAGAUAUACUCCUGCCUUGAAUAGGGAUGAUUUAUGUUGAAACAUUGAUUUUAUUAUAACUGGGUUUUUUUUGGAGUUGUUAGUCAGAUUUCAAAAUGGGAAGACUCUAAAAUAUUUUUAAAACUUUUUUUUGAAACUUGAAUUUUUCUGUUGUUGAGAUGUUUAAUUUGAUGCUUAGUUGUUGUAAACUGCUGCAAUUGUGUUUAUAUAAAUUCCUGCAUUAUCCUACACAGUAUUAUCAAUGG